AUGAAACUGCUAUCGCUCACUCUUACAUUGAUUCUGCUCGUGGUGCCAGCGCUGGCAUACACGGAGUUUUGCAAAUGCGAGUGUUUCGGCGAGUACGAGAUCAUCGAGCUGCGACCACAAAAAGAACAGCUGCUGACGUGCAACAACUGCACCCGACAGUUUUGCCUGGACCAGAAGUUGACCAUCUGCAAGGAGGCCAAGGGCGAGGUGGACGUGACCACGGCGUGCUUUGAGCGCGAGUCGUUCAAGGACCAGCUCAUUGUGUACGCCUUUACCGGUGUUACUGUUGGGCUUCUUGCCUGGGCCUUGUUCAAGCCUGUUCUGACGAGAUUCAGAAGGGGCUAG